CUCCUCCCCGCCUGCGCUGUACCCAGCAGGGACUCGCUUCGCAGCGCAAACAUAUGAAAUCUUCACCGACUGACUUAAAAGAGUUGCUUUACUUUUGCUUUACAUAAAUUGUUGUUGUACUCACUUUACGAAAAAGCGAGGCGCCCCGGGACUGCAAACGGGGGUGCAGCUUGGCAGUCCCGGGCAUUGAUAGUUUCAUUCGAGAAAGAUGAAGCAUUCCCAAAGUGUUGCAGUAUUGAUAUUUGCUACAAUAUUUUUCGUCAGUUGGAUCACCAGUGCCAGGGCAUGCAACAAGGCUUUAUGUGCUAGCGAUGUUAGCAAGUGCCUCAUUCAGGAGCUCUGUCAGUGUCGCCCCGUGGACGGAAACUGUUCGUGCUGCAAGGAAUGCAUGCUUUGCUUGGGGACCCUGUGGGACGAGUGCUGCGACUGUGUGGGAAUGUGCAACCCUAGAAAUUAUAGUGACACACCACCCACAUCAAAGAGUACUGUAGAAGAGCUACACGAACCCAUCCCAUCUCUCUUCCGUGCUCUGACAGAAGGUGAAACUCACCUGCAUUGGAACAUCGUCUCAUUCCCUGUCUCAGAAGAGCUCACUUAUCAUGAGAACCUAGUCUCCUUUUUGGAAAGCCUGGACAUGUCUCCACUUCAGAAUAUAUCACUGCCUGUAAACAGCCCCCAUGUAGAAGUCGUGACUGAGAAAGAGCCUCUGUGCACCGUGGUCUACUUCAAUGAAUGCAUGUCAAUCCAUCAAUGUAAAAAUUCAUGCGAGUCCAUGGGUGCCUCGAAGUACAGAUGGUUUCACAAUGCCUGCUGUGAAUGUAUAGGCCCAGACUGCAUUGAUUAUGGCAACAAAGUGGUCAAAUGCAUGAACUGCACCUUUUGAAGACAGAACUGUAAUGUGAAGGUAGCAUGUAAUCGCUGUAGAGCUAACAAUAUUGACCGUCUUUUCAUGUGAAGUUUAGAGUUUUGCUAUUUUUUUUGUUAAAGUUCUGCACUUCAUGCUUAAGAAUGUAUUACGGAUGUUGGAACUUUGAAGUGACGUGAGAGUUGAAACUGCAGCUUUUUUAUAUGGUGUAAUUUACUGCUGAUGUGUAAUUUAAAAAAAAGCAUUCCUUUAAAAUCAUACUGACAUGUAGAUAUAUGGAAUAAAUCAAUUGUAUCUUCUGUUUUUUAAUUGAUGUACUCCUGCACCUGCUUACAUAGUUCUAUGAAUAAACUAUUCUUGUAGGAGUGACAAGGGUGUUUAAGAGUUAG